AUGACUCGGUUAGGGUUUUUGCGGCUGUCCUAUGAGAAACAGGACACUCUCCUCAAACUCCUCAUCCUGUCCAUGGCUGCAAUUCUCUCUUUUUCAACCAGGUUAUUCUCCGUGUUGAGGUUUGAAAGUGUCAUCCAUGAGUUUGAUCCGUACUUUAACUACCGGACCACAAGGUUUCUGGCAGAGGAAGGCUUUUACAAGUUCCAUAACUGGUUCGAUGACCGUGCCUGGUAUCCGCUAGGGAGGAUUAUAGGGGGAACGAUCUAUCCAGGUUUGAUGAUCACAUCAGCAGCAUUUUACCACAUUCUGCACUUCUUUCACAUCACCAUCGACAUUCGAAAUGUAUGUGUGUUCCUGGCUCCUCUCUUCUCCUCCUUCACCACCAUUGUUACCUACCACCUCACCAAAGAGCUAAAGGAUGCUGGUGCUGGUCUGUUAGCAGCAGCAAUGAUCGCUGUCGUUCCAGGCUACAUCUCCCGUUCUGUGGCUGGAUCGUAUGAUAAUGAAGGUAUAGCCAUUUUCUGCAUGCUUCUGACAUACUACAUGUGGAUCAAGGCCGUGAAGACUGGCUCCAUCUACUGGGCAACCAUGUGUGCCCUGGCCUAUUUUUACAUGGUUUCGUCCUGGGGAGGUUAUGUGUUUUUGAUCAAUCUGAUCCCCCUUCACGUCCUUGUCCUGAUGCUGACUGGCCGCUUCUCCCAUCGGAUCUAUGUAGCGUACUGCACUGUGUACUGUCUGGGCACCAUCCUGUCUAUGCAGAUUUCCUUUGUUGGAUUCCAGCCUGUCCUGUCCUCUGAGCACAUGGCGGCUCUGGGUGUGUUUGGAUUGUGUCAGAUCCAUGCAUUUGUGGAUUACUUGAGGAGCAAACUGAACCCCCAGCAAUUCGAGAUCCUCUUCAGGAGUGUCAUCUCACUGGUGGGAUUUAUCCUGCUGACUGGAGGGGCCGUUCUCAUGCUGACAGGUAAAAUCUCUCCGUGGACUGGCCGUUUUUAUUCCCUCCUGGAUCCGUCUUACGCCAAGAACAAUAUUCCUAUCAUUGCGUCCGUUUCGGAACAUCAGCCAACCACCUGGUCCUCUUACUACUUUGACCUGCAGCUCCUUGUGUUCAUGUUUCCAGUGGGUCUGUAUUACUGCUUCAGUAAUCUGUCUGAUGCCAGAAUAUUCAUCAUCAUGUAUGGUGUCACCAGUAUGUACUUCUCCGCUGUCAUGGUGCGUCUGAUGCUGGUGUUGGCCCCAGUUAUGUGUAUUCUGUCCGGUAUUGGGGUAUCUCAGGUGUUGUCUACGUAUAUGAAGAACCUUGAUAUAAGCCGUCCUGAUAAGAAAACAAAAAAACAACAAGAUUCAACGUAUCCAAUUAAGAAUGAGGUUGCCAGUGGUAUGAUCAUGGUCAUGGCUUUCUUCCUGGUCACCUACACAUUCCAUUCCACUUGGGUCACCAGCGAAGCGUAUUCUUCCCCUUCUAUCGUGUUGUCUGCACGUGGCGGGGACGGGAGCCGGAUUAUCUUUGAUGAUUUCAGAGAAGCCUACUAUUGGCUGCGACACAACACGCCAGAGGAUGCUAAAGUCAUGUCAUGGUGGGAUUACGGGUACCAGAUUACAGCGAUGGCCAAUCGAACAAUUCUAGUGGACAAUAACACUUGGAAUAACACGCACAUUUCCAGAGUGGGCCAGGCAAUGGCAUCCACAGAAGAAAAAGCCUAUGAGAUUAUGAGGGAGCUGGAUGUCAGUUAUGUCCUUGUUAUAUUUGGAGGCCUUACCGGAUAUUCUUCAGAUGAUAUCAACAAAUUUUUGUGGAUGGUGAGAAUCGGUGGCAGCACAGACACGGGAAGACACAUCAAAGAACAUGAUUACUACACACCGACAGGGGAGUUCCGCGUGGACCGGGAAGGCUCCCCAGUUCUUCUUAAUUGCCUUAUGUACAAGAUGUGCUAUUAUCGCUUUGGCCAAGUCUACACAGAAGCCAAGAGACCUCCAGGAUAUGAUCGGGUGAGAAAUGCUGAGAUUGGAAACAAAGACUUUGAGCUCGAUGUUUUGGAGGAAGCCUACACCACUGAGCACUGGCUUGUUAGGAUAUACAAAGUAUGUGUUUUUAUCCUCAAAUUCUCCAGUUAUCUUUAA